GCUGCGCCUGCGCAGGAUGAGGCGGCACGGCCUUUAGGCCUGUGUGUGAGAGGAGGUUCCGCGUCCAGUAUGCUAUCAAUCUUUGGGGUCUCCCUCGAAUCUUGAGGGAAGCGGGAAAAGCUUUGGGGCUCAUGCGGCCCUGAGCCGUAGCCUUAGGCUUCCCCGGAAGGAGGGAGGGAAGGAGGCUUCAGGGCCUGGCGCCAGGUGCAGCCCCCUCCCCAGCGGUUGCCAUGCCGGCGGCGGCCCCCAUCAUCAGCUCUGUGCAGAAGCUGGUGCUCUACGAGACCAGAGCACGGUAUUUUCUUGUUGGAAGCAAUCAUGCAGAAACAAAAUAUCGUGUUUUGAAAAUUGAUCGCACAGAACCAAAGGAUUUAGUUGUCAUUGAUGACAGGCAUGUAUAUACUCAGCAAGAGGUGAGAGAACUACUUGGUCGCUUAGAUCUGGGGAAUAGAACAAAAAUUGGGCAGAAGGGCUCCUCUGGAUUAUCACGCGCUAUCUCUGCUUUUGGUAUAGUAGGUUUUGUCAGAUUUUUAGAAGGCUACUACAUUGUGCUAAUUACAAAGAGGAGAAAGAUGGCAGAUAUUGGAGGACAUGCAAUAUAUAAAAUAGAAGAUACAAGUAUGAUCUACAUUCCAAAUGAUUUUGUAAGAGUGACGCAUCCUGAUGAAGCGAGAUACCUUCGAAUUUUUCAGAAUGUAGAUUUGUCUAGUAAUUUUUAUUUCAGCUACAGCUAUGAUCUAUCUCACUCUCUCCAGUAUAACCUUACUGUUUUGAGAAUGCCCCUUGAUGUACUUAAGACAGAAACAACUCGAACUCGGCAAGAGAGUUUUGAUAUUUUUGAAGAUGAGGGACUUGCAACUCAAGGUGGGAGUGGUGUAUUUGGAAUUUGCAGUGAACCCUACACAAAAUAUGUGUGGAAUGGGAAACUACUGGACACUGUUAAAACUGCAGUUCAUCGGGAUUGGCUCUUGUAUAUUAUUCAUGGAUUCUGUGGGCAGUCAAAACUUCUCAUAUAUGGCCGUCCUGUGUAUGUCACCCUGAUAGCUAGAAGAUCAAGUAAAUUUGCUGGAACACGGUUUCUAAAGAGAGGAGCAAAUUGUGAGGGUGAUGUAGCAAAUGAAGUAGAAACUGAGCAAAUAUUGUAUGAUGCUUCAGUGUUGUCAUUUUCUGCUGGGAGCUAUUCAUCUUAUGUCCAAGUACGGGGUUCUGUUCCUCUAUAUUGGUCUCAGGAUAUCUCAACUAUGAUGCCAAAACCACCAAUUACAUUGGAUCAGGCAGACCCGUAUGCACACGUAGCUGCUCUUCAUUUUGAUCAGAUGCUCCAGAGGUUUGGCUCCCCCAUCAUCAUUUUGAAUCUUGUGAAGGAGCGUGAAAAAAGAAAACACGAAAGGAUACUGAGUGAAGAACUUGUUGCUGCUGUGACCUACCUCAAUCAAUUUUUACCUCCUGAGCAUGCUAUUGUAUAUAUUCCUUGGGAUAUGGCCAAGUAUACAAAGAGCAAACUCUGUAAUGUCCUUGACAGACUGAAUGUGAUUGCAGAGAAUGUGGUGAAGAAAACUGGUUUCUUUGUAAAUCGCCCUGAUUCCUACUGCAGUGUCUUGCGCCCAGAUGAAAAGUGGAAUGAGCUGGGAGGAUUUGUGGUUCCCACUGGCCGCCUACAGACUGGAAUUCUUCGAACUAAUUGUGUAGACUGUCUGGAUCGCACAAACACAGCCCAGUUUAUGGUUGGGAAAUGUGCAUUGGCCUAUCAGCUUUAUUCUUUAGGAUUGAUUGACAAACCCAACCUGCUGUUUGAUACAGAUGCUGUUAGAUUGUUUGAAGAAUUGUAUGAAGACCAUGGGGAUACCCUGUCACUCCAGUAUGGUGGUUCUCAGCUUGUUCACCGAGUAAAAACCUACAGAAAGAUAGCACCCUGGACCCAGCAUUCGAAAGAUAUUAUGCAAACUCUUUCAAGAUACUACAGUAAUGCAUUUUCAGAUGCUGAUAGGCAAGAUUCAAUUAAUCUGUUCCUGGGAGUAUUUCAGCCUGAGGAAGGGAAGCCUCACCUCUGGGAGCUUCCUACUGAUUUUUACUUGCACCAGAAGGACACAAUGAAUCUUCUUCAGACAAGGCGAAGCUACACUUUCUGGUGGACUCCAGGUGUACUGAAAUACUUACCACUCCCUUACGAUGAAGUGAUAUGUGCUGAAAAUAGAAGGAAGCUAAUGGUGAAGAAAUUUCAUAAGUUUGAUGAAGAAGUUGACAUUCAUAAUGAAUUUUUUCGGCCUUAUGAACUUAGCAGUUUUGAUGAAACGUUUUGCUUGGCCAUGACAAAUUCAACACGAGAUUUUAUGCCUAAGAACAUUGGCAUUGAUCCCAGCCCAUUUACUGUACGUAAACCUGAUGAAACUGGAAAAUCUGUUUUGGGGAACAAAAGUAACAGAGAAGAAACUGUGCUGCAGCGCAAAACGGCGGCUAGUGCUCCCCCACCCCCCAGUGAAGAGGCUGUGUCAAGCAGCUCUGAGGAUGAUUCUGGGACAGAUAAGGAAGACGAGGGGGCUGUGUCUCAGCGUUCAACACCUGUGAAAAUAACAGAUACAGGAGAUAAUACCAAAAUAACAGAAAAUGUAGUACAGCCUAUAAAAGAUGUAUAUGGUAUUAAUCUCUCAGAAUCUCCUUCAGAAGAUGAUCUCAGCAUAUACACAAGGUUUGUUCAGUUGGGGCAGAGUCAACACAAACAAGCCAAGAGUCAUCAGCCUCUUUGUUCUAAACACUUAGAUGGGGUUAUACAUUUAACACACAUUUCCGCUUUCUCUCAAGACAACAUUUAUGAAGUCCAGCCUCCUAAAGUUGACAGAAAAUCUAUUGAGAUCUUUCACGCUCAUAUCCAGGCUGCAAAGGGCAUAAUGCAGCCGUUGGGAAAAGAUGAUAUCCUUCUGUAUCGAGAAUAUAUUAGAAACAGAUACAUGUGAAGAAAUCAUUGUGCUCAGUUUCUCUGGCUGCUGUAUUUCUGAGUCCCCAAUAUGCCUUGAAAAGGCUACCAUCAGGAAUGCACUAUAAAUGCCUCUUACUUAUAUAGGUUUCCCCAUAUGAGGAGUUGUAUAUAGCUUUGCUGCACUUUAGUAUUUUCUUAUAUGAAUGAAGUGUAAAUUAAAACACAGAACUUGUUCUUAACUGUCUAUGUUGUAUAAGUCAAAUUAAAUAAAGCAAUGGGUAUGGCUGAAGUUCUUUUUCUAUGGUAAUGAUGUUUUUAGCCUUUUUGAAUUUUUCUAACUGGAAUUCUUUAUGUGUUCAGCCUAUGUUUCCAUUAGAAUCUUUGGGGAAAAAACAAACAAAUAGGUGUUAGAUACUUUCACCAAGAUGUCUGUAUCACAUAAUCUGAGGAUUUUUAAAAUGUGUGGUGAAAUCUUUUUGAUUGAUAGAAGCCAAGAAGACCCACCAGGCUACGUUUUCAUGCUGAGAAUAGAAAUGGCACUUGGUAUUUGGUCCAUUCCUUUCCUUCUAACUGCUGUGGGCAGACUCUCAGAGGCCUCUCUAGAAAUAUUAUUGCUUGCUGCAGAGUAAUUUCUAAAGCUUCCCUCUAAGAGAGGAGUGUCAUUAAAAUUUCAUUUGAUAAAGCAGUGAUGUGUUUUGUGAUUAGAUAAUAAAGAUGAGAACAUGCUGUGGUUUGAAAGUGAUGGAUUACUGCAGUUAUGUACCUGUUGGUCUAUUGAAAGGUUGUAAUUCUAGAAUAUAAGUGUUUUCUUUCCUAUAUAAAAAAUAUGAUCAAGAAAUAAGAGAAGUCUUCUUGAUUGGUAAAGAGUUUCUGUCUUCCUCACCAGUAUCUUGUUCUUUGAAAGACAUUCUAUAUUGUGAUGUCUGAUGCCUCUUGUUAAUGACUGUCUUGCUUUGACAUUCAGCAGCUAUUUUCCAGUCUACUCUUCAGCCAAAUUCAUCUGAUUUUUCAAAACUGUCAUUUACACCUGGAGAAAUGAUCUUAUCAGGAAGCUGUCAGUUGCUAACUAGAUUCUAUCCCAAGCAUAGGCAAACUUCGGCCCUCCGGGUGUUUUGGACUUCAACUCCCACAAUUCCUAAUAGCCAGUAAGCUGGCUGGGCUUUCUGCAAGACAUCCGGACGGCCAAAGUUUCUCGUGCUGUCUAGCCACAACAAUAUUUUUGUCCUCAAAUGGUAUUUCUGAGAGAGAAAAAACUUGAUGAAUUUUAAAAGCAGGGAUGUAUUGCCACAGAAGAUGCAUUAUGGAAAGGGACCAAGAUGUUAGAUGAAACCUCCCACUUGGGAUAAAAAUUUUUCACAGAUUGCAACCACCAAGUAAGGCAUUGCCCAUCUGAGGUAGUGUAACAGAUGGAUUUUGUUUCCAAUGACAAAUGAUUUGCAAGUUCAAGUCAGUAGACACUUGCCUUGGGAACCAGCUUACAUGAUGCUUGUCAAUAGUUAGAAAGCUGAUGGCAUGGCAAAGAUUUUGCUGUUGUGUGGUACUCUGCUGUUUUAUCUUCAUAAUAAUGAUAAUAAUUGUGGCUUGAGACAGGGUACAACUUGGUUAAAAACUGUGAGAUAAAACAGUAUUAAAAUGCAUAUAACAAAUAUACACAGAUAAAAUGCAGAUUAAAAUUCACCCUGCAUUCAUAAGUAAAAACACUGGGUAGGCCUGCCGGAAGAGAUAGUUCUUCAGUUGUGUUUUAAAUUAAUAGACCAUUUAUCUGUUGGAGUUCUAGGCAGGUCAUUCCACAAUCUUGGGGCAGCCGAUGAUGAAACGGUCUUCUGAGUGACAGUUGCCAGUCGGGUUCUGACUGACUGCAUGACCUCAGUGUCUGGGGCGGAUUGUAAGGGAGAAGGAUAUCCUGUAGGUAACCUGGACCCAAACCAUAUAGGGCUGUACUUAAUAAGGAGUUCAGGCUUGCUUAGCACAUUUGAAAUCAGAGCCUUGCAUAUGGGGCAACAAGGGAGAAAUCCAAAUGUUAACUCUCUUUUCCUUAAGAUCAGUCUUUUUCCUGCCUACUGCUAAUAAUAAUUGACUAUUAUAAUUGUAUAUUUAUAUUACAUGCAAUAUUACUAAUAAUAUUGCGAUAUAGUUGUAUAAUAUAAUGUAUGUAUAUAUACUUGUAAACCGCCCUGAGUCCCCUUCGGGGUGAGAAGGGCGGUAUAUAAAUGUCGCAAAUAAAUAAAUAAAUAAAUAAAUCUUC